UAUAACUGCUUUAAGGUGUAAUCGAGUUAGUUAUUGGCAUUUUGCCCUAUUCGACACUCAUUGUGGGUAUUGGCAAAAAAUAGUAGGCACCAAUUGAUGUGAUCGCGGUUAAUGCUGUCAUUCCGGUACUGUUUACUGAAAAUGAAAGAGGAGGUACCUGAACUUUCAGUUGAUGCCAUUGCAUAUUCUGUAGUUUCAGGUGAUAAUAGAUUUUCUAGAGCAUAUGAUUCAAAAGUGGAAGUUAUUUUUGAUGAAUUUCGUCAAAAUGAUUACGUAUCCAUUCUGUUCCUACUAAAUGGUUAUGUUGACAAUGAUUGUGCGACCGAAAGCAGUGACUUUUUGUCCAUUAUUAGAGGAGAAGACCAUAUAUUAAAGAAAAAAGUUAUGACAGUACUAAAAAAUUGUAAAAGUAAAGCUUUUCUUCUUAUUGAAAUACUUAUUGUUCUGAAAAAAUAUCGUUUACUAAGACUUUUGCAAACAUGUUCACAUGUGCAUGGAAUAUCUGCUUAUUGUCAAAUACAUCAAUUUUGGAAAUUUUUAUAUUCUUUAUGUGAAGAAUUAAGUGACCAUGAUGUAAAAGCACUAGGUGAUAAAUACAUUGGGCAGUUAUCAAGGAGUGAUCCAAUGUCUGCAGAAGAACUCAUCUUCUGUUUAACAAGGCCACAUAAAUCUUAUUAUGACAGUUUGGUGCAGCUAGAAAAAAUAUUCCAAGAUUUUAAUCUUUCCCUCUGUAAUUUAAUCAAAUCGUUUAAAGAAAAAAUGAAAGUGGAGUUUUAUCCAAUUAAGCAACCAACUUCUAGCUCUCCAUGUGGCAUUGCGGUAAUCAUAAACCAUGAAAAAUUUUAUAGAGAAAAUGAAAAUUUUCCUUUUUUGGAAGAAAGAAAAGGAAGUUUCAAAGAUGCUGAUGCUCUAAAGCUAGUAUGGAAAACCUUUGGCUUUGAAACACAUAUUUACCGUGAUUUGACUGAUAAACAGGUUUUUGAUUUAUUUGAGGAGUUACGACUAAAGGAUCAUUCCUUUUAUGAUGCAUUUGUUGUUUGUUACUUAUCUCAUGGUGAUGAAGGUGUAGUGUAUGCAUCAAACUCUAAGCCAAUUAACAUUAGAAGAUUGGUUGAUACUAUGGCAAAUGAUUGUAGCACCCUCAAAAAGAAACCAAAGCUUUUUUUCAUACAAGCUUGUCAAGGCCAUCAAAUUAGCUCCUGUAAAAAAAAAACUCUUGAGUCUACUGCUGAUUUGCAUGAGUCUAAAACUUUGAUCCAGUUACUAAAUGAGGAUUCAACUAAAGCUGGUCUUCCAGAUUUUACUGAUACAUUAAUUCUUAAUUCUGCGGUGAAAGGAUAUGUCAGUUUCCGUAUUCCUAAUGAAGAGAGCUGGUUUGUAUCAUCGUUGAAGAAGAACAUGUUACAGUAUGGUGAUGAUUUAACGAUUUCUAAUAUUGCAACUAAAGUUUCUAAUGAAGUUGCAAUGCAAAGAUUUCAGCAGCAUGGAGGCCUGCAACAGCCCAUGCUGACGUCAAUGCUUAGAUACGAGUUGAAAUUGAAAAAAGUGCAACAAGCAAAUUUUUGUAUUUAGCAACGUUAUUAGUAACUUUUUAUUAUGUUAUUAGUAUAUCUGAAUAUGUGUUUUUAUUAUAAUAUUGAAGCUAUUUGUACAUAUUUUCUAUGUAUUUUAAAUACUUUA